AUGAACGCCAAGUUCUUUCCAAUAACCGACGAAGAGGAAAGAGUUGCCAAAGCCGCAUAUUCUACUCCUAAAAGCCGUGUUGACCGUCGUUCCAUUCCUCUAUCAUUCAAAUCAAGUUCAGCUUUGAUCGCUCUCAAUCAGCCACCCCCAACGCAAUCAACCCACCUCUUAAGGAUCCGUCACACUCUUGACGAGAAGCUCAAACGUAUCAAUGGGCCUACAGUCAUUCCGACUGUUGAUUCCCCACAGCGUCUUGCCAAACUCGCUGACAAUUUCGAGUUUGUUAACAGUUAUCAGUAUCGUGCGGGUGUUAAACGGAUUCCUGAUGAUUCUGAUUUCAAUAUCGGCUGUGCAUGCACUGAGACUGGCGGCUGUGAUCGGUUAAAAUGUGACUGCCUCAGUAAGGAGGAAGAUUCUGAAGAUCGCAUAGUCCCAUAUGAGAUCUGCGAGAGCAACCCCAAGUUGACUGUCGCAACAAAAAGCUUUCUUCGGCGUCUUCGGUCCCCCGAUUUGAUUCGCCGUGGGCAGUUCAUCGAUCUUUACCUCGGUGAGGUAAUAACAAAGGCUGAAGCUGACGAACGUGAGAACCUCACCGACGGUUCACAUACACAAUCCUACCUUUUCUCUUUGGACUGGUAUGUGAAAGAUGACGACGAUGAAGAGAAAAAUAUGAAAGUCAUCGACGGCCGCAAGUUUGGUUCGGCAACUCGGUUUAUGAACCACUCUUGUAACCCUAACUGCAAGAUCGUCCCCGUUUGCACCACGAAUCAUGCCGACGAAUAUCUCUACAACCUCGCCUUUUUUGCCAACCGCGAUAUCUCCCCUGGCACUGAAUUGACCUUCGAUUAUAAUCAGGGCGAGGAGAACAUAACUCCUCGAAAGAUCGACCCCGAGGCCGUCCCGUGCCUAUGUGGUGAAUCUAAGUGCCGUGGUCAGUUGUGGCCAAAUAAGCGCAAGGGCCAGGGAGCAAAGCCCUGA